AGAGAUUGCGAAAGCUUCAUGCAGAGCUUGAGGAGAAGCUGGAGGCAGCGGAGAUCCAAAUCAAGCGUCAGUCUGCAGAAUACAGGACCCUCCUGCAGCAGAAAGAUGUGGAGAUCAGUCACCUGAAAGCUCGGCAGAGUGGGCUUCAAGAAGAAGUCCAGAAGCUGCAGCAAUCAGCCCAGUCUGCUUCAGCUGGCCCUGCGAUGUUGCCCGUAACCACUACGUCAUCGUCCACUACCUCCUCUUCUGCUUCCUCUUUCCUGUCACGUCACCCAGGAUCUCACCAGGGCUUCCAUGGCGAAGAAAUGGACCUCAGCGACGUGAUCUGGUCGCAGCAAGAGAUCAACAGGCUGUCGACAGAAGUCAUGCGUCUGGAGUCGGAGGUAGCACACUGGCGACGAAUGUCUCAGGCAUCAACAGCAACAGGAGCUGGUAAUGGCAACCACAGUGAGAUUCUCAAGCUUCAAAGGACUAUUAAGGAGCUUCGAGAUGAGAUGAGUCGUGAGGUGGAUGAACACCAGCAUGAACUUGCAGCUCUGCAGGAUGCCCAGCGACAGAAGCUGGCAGAUGUCACCCGGCGACACAGGCAGGAGCUGGCGGAGUACGAGGAGAGGAUAGAGGAGCUGGAGGAACAGACUCAGAGUGGUGUUGGUCAGCCCACCUCUGUGUCAGACAGCUCCAAGCUGCAUGAACUCCAUCAAACCAUACAGUCCCUGCAAGAAGCGGCGGAGCAGCGCGAGAAGCAGCUGGCCGAACUGUCUGCCAAUUUGGAGGAGGCACAGAAGAUACAAGCCUCACUACAGCUUGAGAAGGAUGAUGCUCAGCAAGAGAAUACCGGGCUCCUGCAGAACUACACGCGGCUGCAGGCUUCCGUGGCCGAGCUCCAGACACGAGUACAAGAGCAGGAGGGGAAGGCUUUGCAAAAAGCCCAGCUAGACCAUGAGAUCCAAAUGUUAAGAAAUAGCUUGGAAGCUGCAGAAAAGGAAAUAGAGAGACUGAAAAACCUGGAUGAGGCAGAACCAAAGGAAGAAGUCGAGCAUGCAGACAUCUUAGAACUGAACACCAUUAUUGGAGCACUGAGACAAGAAAAGGAAGACUUAGAACAAGAAAAGCUUAAUCUGCAAGAAAGACUUAAAGUGGCAGAAGAACAACUAGUCAGCAGAAAUGAAGCUGAGUCUGAUUUGGAGUCAUUGGAUGAUUUGAAGGCAGAACUGGGGAGGAGAGAAAAGACCCUGAGAGCUACUGAGGAGGAGCGGGACACGCUGAUGUCUGAACUGGAGGAACUAGACCAACAAAAUCAGGAAGCUACUCAGCAUAUGAUCUCAGUGAAAGAGCAGCUCUCUGGACAGCUGAAAGAGGCUGAGACGGAGCUGAAAAGAAUGACUGCAGAGCUCAACACAUCCAAUGACCAGAAAAGGGCACUUGAGCAAGAGCUGGAGACCCAAAAAGAGAAAAUGAGCCAGAGUGCUUUUACUCUUAACGAACUGCAUAUGGGAAAACAACAGUUGGAACGGACAGUGAAAGAGCUAAAAGACAAACUGGGACACUCACAGGAGCAGAGCCGGGAUGCACGCAGAGAGGUCACCGAGCUAAAGAAGACCCUGCAGGAGAAAGAGGAGCUGUUAUCUGCUGCUAAAGCAAAACUUUAUGAAGGAGGGGAGAGAGCAAGUGAGGCACAGGGUGCUAAUGAGGCGCUAGCAGAGAAGGAGAGAGAGUUGUCAGACCUCAGGAGAGAAUUGGAUGAGAUGAGGCGCUCUCACGAGAAGGUGAUGUCUGAAGACUAUGAGUUGAAGGUGGAGAACAGGAGGUUCAAGGCGGACAAUGAGCAGACCUUGGGUAAAGUGGAAGAACUAACCAAGCAGCUGAAGGAAAGCCAGGGUGUUCUGAACAGGGUUGUGAGGGAGAAGGAUACUCGUAUUGAAGCUUUAAAACUGGAGAAAUACCAGCUCGAAGGUGAAUUGACGCAGGCUGAGAACAAACUAAAAGAACAGGUAAAACAGUACCAGCAGACCAUCGAGGAGUUAACUCGAGCUCGAUCUAUGGACGCUUCUGCUUUGCAGACUGAGCAUGAACGUGCCAUCAAACUAAACCAGGAGAAAGACAUGGAGAUUGCUCAGCUGAAAAGAGAUAUGGAGCAGGUGGCAGCUGACCACAGAGACACCAAUGAGAUGCUAUCAAUCACAGUUGCAGGGCAGCAGCAGCUGACGGAUUUGCUGCAAGAGAAAGAUGUCUUUAUGGACACUUUAAAACAAAAUGCUGCGGAUUUACAGACAGAGCUGGAUAAUAAGGUUUCAGUUUUCACCAAGGAAGUUGAAACGCUCAAACAGUCGCUAGAUGAAAAGGAUAAGCAGCUGGGAGGUAUGAAGGAGGAGAACAGCCAUCUGAAAGAGGAGAUUGACCGCCUCAGGGAUCAGCAGAGCAGACCUCAACCUCUGGCUGAGCCCAGGACUCUGGACAUCAUCACAGAGCUGGAGACGGAGAUCACCCAACUCAAAUCCUCCCGUAAUGCCCUGGAAGAGGAGGUCCAGACUCUGAGGAGAACCACUGAGGAACAGCAAGCUUCUCUACUUCUCUCUCAACAGUCUCUGCAGGCUCAACAGAGCGAGAUUGAACAGGCUCGUGCUCACCAUCAGCAGACAACACUAAACUAUGACAGACUCAUCCAGGCCAGAGACGAAGAGAUAACCCGCCUCCAGCAAGCUGUAGAGCAGCUUAGUGAGAGUCAGAGCAGAGCCAACUCUCCGUCUGUGCAGGGAGAGGUCAUCUUGCAGGAGGAAAAGACUCAGACCCUAAAUCAGGAGAAUGGCAAUGAGAAACAUGACCUGUCUAAGGUAGAUAUAGAAAGACUGGUGAGGGGCAUCAAGGAGAAAGAGACUGAGAUCACCCAGCUUAAUGAGAAGAACCUCUCACUGACCAGGCAGCUGGAUCAGCUGGUGGUUUCUCGUGAUGAAGUGGGAAAACUCUCACAGAUGAUCAUGCAGAAGGACCUGGAAAUUCAGGCACUUCAUGCCAGAGUUUCCAUGGGAGGCGGACACAGCCAGGAUGUCAUGUUCUUACAGCAGCAGCUACAGGCAUACGCUGUGGAGAGAGAGCAAGUGAUUGCCGUGCUUAACGAGAAGACCAGAGAGAACAGCCAGCUUCGGUCCGACUAUCACCGCCUCAUGGAUAUCAUGGCAGGAAAGGAAGCAGCCCUGUUGAAGCUUCAGCAGGAAAAUCAGCGCCUCUCUAACAUGAGCGAUCCCUCGGGAAGCCAGGAGAUGUUCAAGGAGACCAUCCAGAAUCUGUCUCGAAUUAUUAGGGAGAAGGACAUAGAGAUCGAUGCCUUGACCCAGAAGUGCCAAACGCUGGUGACAGUCCUGCAGUCCUCAGGAGGAGAGCCCGGUGCUGGCUCUGGAGGGGUCAGCAGCAACCAGUUUGAGGAGCUACUGCAGGAGCGGGACACACUGAAGCAGCAGGUGAAGAAGAUGGAGGAGUGGAAGCAGCAGGUCAUCACAACAGUCAAGAACAUGCAGCACGAGUCGGCUCAGCUGCACGAGGAGCUGAUCAAACUGCAGAGUCAGGUUUCUGCCGACAGCGACUGUAGCUCAAAGCUCUCAGUGGACUACGCUCGACUGGUCCAGAAUUACGAGCAGAAGGAAAGGAGAUUGGGAAGUCUGAGUCUGGAGCUCGCACAGGUUCAACAAACUAUUACCCAGCUUAGCAGCACAAAGGAUGUCCUGUUAGGUAAACUGGACAGCGUCACACAGACACCUGAAGUCACAGCCACUCAGUGUAGUGGCUCUUCUCUCAGUACUGAUGCUCCAAGCCAUCAGCCAGAUUCUGCUGUAAAAGAUGAGAAGAUGCAGCAAGAAGUUGUUCAACUAAAAGCACUGUUGACUGAGAAAGAAAACACGAUCAGGACUCUUCAAGAAAACAACCACAGACUCUCCAACUCCGCGUCUGCCUCAGAAAGCGAGCAGCGAAGUCAGGCAGAGGAGGCUCGACAGGUCAGAGAGAGACUAGAGGCCUUGCAGAGGUCUGUGAGGGAGAAAGACUUGCUCAUCAAAAGCAAAGGAGACCAACUAGCUCAAGUAAGUGAAGCACUGCGUAACCGUGAGAAUGACAACGAGGUUCUGAAGCAGGCGGUGACCAACCUCAAAGAGCGUGCGCUCAUUCUUGAGAUGGACGUGAAGAAGCUAAAGGAGGAGAAUGAGCUGGUUGCUGCACGCUCUCGAGAGAAAGAGUCAGAGUUUAGAGCUCUGCAGGAAACUAACAUGCAGGUUUCCCUCCUGCUGCGAGAGAAGGAGUUUGAACUGAGCGCGAUGAGCGAGAAGGCUGCCACUGUGGAGAAACUGCUCAAAGACAAAGAGCAGGGUAAAUCUGGUGAGCUGAAUCAGCUCCUGAACGAAGUGAAGUCCAUGCAGGACAAAGCUGUGGCAUUUCAGCAGGAGAGGGAUCAGGUGAUGAUGGCACUCAAGCAGAAGCAAAUGGAGACUGCGGCAUUACAGUCUGAGCUCCAACAUGUGAGAGACAAAGAGCACCGCCUAAACUUGGAGCUUGAGCGGUUGCGUAAUCACCUGUUGGAGAUUGAAGAUUCAUACACGAGAGAAGCCCUCGCUGCAGAGGACAGAGAGACAGAGCUGCGCAGGAAGGUGGCUCUGCUGGAUGAGAGACUGACGACAUCCUCAAGUGCUGUGGAGAGUGCCAGCCAACAGGCCAGCAUGCAGGUAGAGUCUCUGCAGGAGCAGUUAAUUGGGGUGGUGAAGCAGAGAGACGAUGCGCUGGCCCAACUCAGAACCUCUCAGGAACAAGUCAACCAGUAUGCAGUGUCACUCUCCAACCUGCAGAUGGUGCUAGAGCAAUUCCAACAAGAAGAGAAAGCCAUGUACUCGGCAGAACUUGAGAAGCACAAGAAGGAGAAAGAGGAGUGGAAAAGAAAAGCUCUGAAACUGGAGGACCAAGCUUCUGCUCUCCAGAUAAACCUGGAUGAAGCCAACGCUGCUCUAGAUUCAGCAUCUCGUCUCACGGAUCAGCUCGAUCUGAAGGAGGAACAAAUUGAGGAGCUGAAAAAACAAGUGGAUGUGAGGCAGGAGAUGCUGGAAGAGGCACAGAGGAAACUCAUGAACCUUUUGAACAGCACAGAGGGUAAAAUAGACAAGUAAGUUUCAAGUACAUUUCUGUUAAAUAUUAGUUCCAGUUUAUUUAGAUUAUGAUCACAUUUUUCCAUUG